ACUCUGUGGUGCUUGUGAUACUAAUUUGAAGCAUUUUUGUAGGAAAGGAUGACGAAACCGCACGAACUGUCAUUAUUAUUCUUGUACCCAUUGUCACAAUUGUUAUUCUUAUUGGUUGUAUUUCUGUCAUCUUGAUGAGGAGGCGAAGGAGGAAGUUGGUGAACAGAAGAGAGAUUGUUGAAGGUAUAUCUAUGGAAGAUGAUAGUAUUGCAGAAUCUUUGCAAUAUGAUUUUUCAGCAAUUAGUGCAGCAACGGAUAACUUCUCAGAUGCUAAUAAGUUGGGGCAAGGUGGAUUUGGUCCUGUGUACAAGGGUAAGCUUCCAAAUGGACAAGAAGUAGCAGUGAAAAGAUUGUCAAUAGAUUCAGGCCAAGGAGAUCUAGAAUUCAAAAACGAGGUCUUGUUGGUUGCCAGGCUUCAACAUAGGAAUUUGGUUAGAUUGCGAGGAUUUUGCUUUGAUGGUACAGAGAGACUUCUCGUCUAUGAAUUUGUUCCCAAUGCAAGCCUUGACCAAUUUUUAUUUGAUCCAGUUAAACGUAGGCAAUUGGAUUGGGAAAGGAGAUCCAAAAUCAUAGGAGGCGUUGCUAGGGGGAUCCUUUAUCUUCAUGAGGAUUCUAGGCUUCGGAUCAUUCAUCGUGAUCUCAAAGCUAGUAAUGUUCUACUUGAUGCAGAAAUGAAUCCUAAAAUCUCAGACUUUGGCAUGGCAAGGUUAUUUACUCUGGAUGAAACUCAAGGCAGCACAACCAGAAUUGUUGGGACCUAUGGAUAUAUGGCACCAGAGUAUGCAAUGCACAGGCAAUUCUCAGUGAAAUCAGAUGUUUUUAGCUUUGGAGUACUAGUCCUUGAAAUUAUAAGUGGCCAAAAAAACACUUGUUUCAGAAAUGGAGAAUCUGUGGAAGACCUUCUAAGCUAUGCAUGGACAAACUGGCGCGAAGGAACAGCUACAAAUUUGAUAGACCCCAUGUUGAGGGGAAGUUCAGGACUGGUUCGAGACAUAAUGAGAUGCAUCCACAUUGCUUUAUUGUGCGUUCAAGAAAAUAUUGGUGAUAGACCAACUAUGGCUGCAGUAGUUCUCAUGCUCAGUAGCCUCUCUAUGAGUCUACCCGUGCCUUCAGGGCCUGAUGCAUACUACACACACAACGAUAUUAGCCCAGAGAUUUCACUUAUUAAAGAGUACAAUUCAAGAUCGUCAGAACCUAGAGAAUUAGCCAAAAAUAAAUCUAUUUCUUCAUCACGUAAUGAGGCAUCCAUAACUGAGUUAUACCCUCGUUAACUUUAUUUCCUGAAUUACUGUGUUAUUUUUUCCAACUGCAGUACUUAGUCUAGAAUUGAUGAGAUUGAUUUUUUAA